GUGGAAAAUGGCGUAGGGCGAACGUUUACAUUGAGAAAUUUCUACAAGCUUCUUUUCACUGCGGGCUGAAAUAAACGGAUUAAAAUCUGUAAUUGAAAACGAUGGGGAGAAGCAGGAGCAGAUCGCCUCCACGACGAGAGAGACGCCGCUCGCGCUCGUCUUCCCGGGACCGAGAGCGCAGGCGCAGAGAGAGGGAACGUGAGCGAGAACGCUCGCGCUCGCGGUCUCGAGACCGCGACCGACGUAGGAGCCGCUCGCGCUCACCGCACAGGCGGCGAUCCAGGUCUCCGAGGCGACACCGUUCAUCCUCGCCAUCGCCGCUCAGGCAGAAGGACAGGCGAGAGGACGACCGCAAAGAUUCAAAGGAUAAGCCUGUGAAGGUCCAUCAGAUAUCAGCGGAGGACAUGCAGGGUAAAACAGAAGAGGAAAUCGAGAUGAUGAAGAUGAUGGGAUUUGAUUCCUUUGACUCCUCGAAGGGCAAGAAGGUGGACGGUUCUGUUAAUGCCCACGCCAUCAACGUCACUCAGAAGCGGAAGUACAGGCAAUAUAUGAACAGAAAAGGUGGCUUCAACAGACCUCUGGACUUCAUCGCUUGAUGGAAGAUGGAUCUCCAACUUUUUUCACUUUUUCUCUUCCAUCAUGUGUAUAUUUUAAUUUUUGUUUGUGUUAAUACUACAUGCGUAAAUAUUGUUACUGUUAUAUAUCCAUAGUAUACAUACAUGUACGGAUUUCCUGACUUUGAAUAAAAUGUGGCAACUAA